ACGGGAAAGGGGCCAGCCUGCUGGGCCAUGGGAGGGGACCUUCAGGGGAAAGCCCUUCCCGCCUCUGGGGAAGGGAACUUCCGCUUCGGACCGAGGGCAGUAGGCUCUCGGCUCCUGGUCCCACUGCUGCUCAGCCCAGUGGCCUCACAGGACACCAGCUUCCCAGCCCUGUCAGGUUGAAAUCAGCAUUGCCAAGAGGCUCAGAGAGGUUAAGGCACUUGCCUGAGGUUAUGCAGCCGGUAGCAGAUGGGGCUUUAAAGUCAAGUGGGCCUGACUCCACGUUGCGGAAAGGGACUGCUGGACCGAAGGAGAUGGAAAGGAGGCGUCUGACACGGUAUGAUGAUGAAGAUCCCAUGGGGCAGCAUCCCAGUACUGAUGUUGCUCCUGCUCCUGGGCCUAAUCGAUAUCUCCCGGGCCCAGCUCAGCUGCACCAGGCCCCCAGCCAUCCCUGGCAUCCCGGGUAUCCCUGGGACACCUGGCCCCGAUGGCCAACCUGGGACCCCAGGGAUAAAAGGAGAGAAAGGGCUUCCAGGGCUGGCUGGAGACCAUGGUGAGUUCGGAGAGAAGGGAGACCCAGGGAUUCCUGGGAAUCCAGGAAAAGUCGGCCCCAAGGGCCCCAUGGGCCCUAAAGGUGGCCCAGGGGCCCCUGGAGCCCCAGGCCCCAAAGGUGAAUCGGGAGACUACAAGGCCACCCAGAAAAUCGCCUUCUCUGCCACAAGAACCAUCAACGUCCCCCUGCGCCGGGACCAGACCAUCCGCUUCGACCACGUGAUCACCAACAUGAACAACAAUUAUGAGCCCCGCAGUGGCAAGUUCACCUGCAAGGUGCCCGGCCUCUACUACUUCACCUACCACGCCAGCUCUCGAGGGAACCUGUGCGUGAACCUCAUGCGUGGCCGGGAGCGUGCACAGAAGGUGGUCACCUUCUGUGACUAUGCCUACAACACCUUCCAGGUCACCACCGGUGGCAUGGUCCUCAAGCUGGAGCAGGGGGAGAACGUCUUCCUGCAGGCCACCGACAAGAACUCACUACUGGGCAUGGAGGGUGCCAACAGCAUCUUUUCCGGGUUCCUGCUCUUUCCAGAUGUGGAGGUCUGACCUGUGGGCUGCUUCACAUCCACCCCGGCUCCCCCUGCCAGCAACGCUCAGUCUACCCCCGACACCACCCCUUGCCCAGCCAAUGCACACAGUAGGGCUUGGUGAAUGCUGCUGAGUGAAUGAGUAAAUAAACUCUUCAAGGCCAA